AUGGAAAAUAAGAACCAGGAAAUUGAGAAGUCGCAUGAUACGAUAAUAUUGAUUCUAAAAGAGAAUCGAUUUGAAGUUGAAAAGCAAAAAUUAAUCAGCAAGAGUCAGUACUUUGCUGCUCUUUUGUCUGAAAAUUAUUUAGAUUAUCGUCAAACGGAAUAUAUUAUUAAAUAUGACAAUAUUCUCCCAAUUUCAUUUCAAGAUUUUGUUGAUUGGAUUCACAAUGACAAAAUUGAUAUCUUUACAACAAAUUGUUGGGAUAUCAAAAAAUGUGAUCGGCUCUCUAUCCUGGUAGAAUUAAGUAUUAUAUUUGCAGUGAAUAAUCUAAUAGAGUACUUAAUCUAUAAAAUAGAAGAAAAAUUAUAUUUUAUGCCACCAGAAUGUAAUUUAUGGUUAUUAUCACAAGAAUUGAGUUUAAAUAUCCUCCAAGAUAUUUCAUUGGCAUUUUGCUUAGAUCGUUUCGAUGAUCUACCACUUAAUUCAAUUUAUGAGCUAUCGAAAGAAAAUUUUCUUAAAUUAAUUGGGAAUAUCAAUAUAACAUCCACGAAAUCUUAUUUACUUAAAAUCACAAAUAAAUGGAUGGCCCACCAUAAUGAUUUUACAAUUGCUUUAGAUAUUUUAAAGAAUAAGGAAACAAAAAUAUUACAUAGUAUUAUAUCUUGUGAAAACAGAGAUUCUGAUAACACUGAAAAAUUUAUUCAUUGUUGGGAUGGUAAUGAUUUUUUUGAACUUACCUCAUUUAAAUAUCCUGAAGAUAUUGUUAAUUGUUGUACUGAUAAAUAUAAAUUAGAAGGGAUGCAGAUUAUUGGAAGAAGGUACAAUUUUUAUCUCUGUGGUGGAGAAUUUGGAGACACAGGUAUAUUUAACAAAAAUGUAUGGCGUUAUUCCUUGAUAACUAAAAAAUGGUUCCUUGAGACUAUUAUGCCAACUGAAAGAAGGAAUAUGACUGCUGCGUUUGUGAAAAACAAAUUAAUUCUUGUGGGCGGUUUGGGACAUGAAAUCAAAUCUAGUGUUGAUAUUUACGAUAUUUAUACAGGCUCGUGGACAUCGGGUGCAGAGGCACCUUGCAAUUUCUAUUCUUCUACUUUCUAUUCCGUUUUGGAUGAAAAAUUAAUCAUAUGUAAAAAAUUCUUGGCGACUUAUACACCUUGUAAUACUAAAACACUAAGAUAUAACUCUAAAAAUGAUUAUGAAUCUUACGGUUUAAAAUGCAAGAUACAUAUCUAUUUUUCAAAUAUAAAUGUAUGGAAGGUGAUAUCACGGAUGGAUAAGAGUUAUUUAAACUUUAAUUCCGACGUUUAUACAACAAUAUUGUUUAAAACUGCACCAUGUUAUAUUGAAGAGAAUCCUUCAGAGGAGCAGUCUGCUCAAUAUCGGUACGUUUUUCGUUCUAAUGAAGCAAACAGCAAGGACAUUUACGAAACGUUGGCAUUGGCAACGGAUCAUGAUACAGCGGUAACUCUCAAACUCUUUGAUACUUCUGGGAAAAAAGUAAUUGUUGCACAAAGAUUAUUACACACAGUUGGUAAAAACAGAUAA